UUACGUCAUCAUCAUGAGAGAGACCUUUAUUUAACAACAUGACAUGACAAAGACGCUUAUCUAUCAAGUCUGGAUACGGCCUUAAGAAAUAUUAAACGUAUCAAAAUAAGAACAAGAACAACGUUAGAGAGUGGGAGGAGGGCUUGACACAUAAGGUUAAGAAAAUAAAGUGGGUAAAAAUGAAAAAAAGCAAGAGAAAAAAACUACAAUGCGUAUUGACACGCCCAUCACAUCUCAUCUUGGUAGAGUCAUUGCGCGUGCGCAAAGGUUCGCUUCCGCUUCUGAUUGUAAUCCGAAGACUCUACACGGCCACUGUUCUUUUUGUCGUGGUUCUGUUUUAUUUUUAUUUUUUUCUAUUUAAAAAUGCCUUUAAUGUGGUUAAAAAAAACGGUCUUAGCAGAGGGGCUUUUUAAAAGGCCACAUUUUGCUGUUGUUCCGUGAGAACGAAAACAUGGGGAAAAGAUACUACUGCGACUACUGUGAGCGCUCCUUCCAGGACAACAUGCACAACAGGAAAAAACAUCUGUUCGGUGUGCAGCACCAGAGAGCUAAAAAGGCCUGGUUCGAUCAUUUUAGAGGCUAUGCAGAUAUUUUAAAAGACGAGCAAGCAAAGAAACCCUGCAGGAAGUUCCUCCAAAGAGGCAUUUGUGAUUUUGGCCCCAGCUGCAGGUUUUCUCACAUGUCCGAAGCAGAGAUGUUCCAUUUGCAAAGAAGGGUGCAAGAUGAAAGACAUCGCUCGGACGGCUCCGAGGACCCCGGCCGCCCCGCGCCCAACGUGGACGUCUGGUUGGCCGUGCGGGAAAAGCGGAGAAGCGGCGGGGCCGGCAAAGGUGCGGGAGACGCCCGGGAGGAGGAACGGAUGCCGAGCGACGUCCCGCCGCAGAUUUUCUCCAUUCCGGACCUGCCGCCCUCGCUGGUGCCGCCGCCCCCGGGCGGCUGGAAAGUCAACGGCGACGCGGAAUGGGGGUGACGCGCGGACGCACACCCCGAAAGGUUCAUACUGUACUAUAGAUGGGGACAAAGGACUACUCUCGUCUAAAUGAAGCUCCUCAACUCACAUCGACGUUUCCUUGGCACCAAGAUAAUGGAGCUGGAAUGUUACUACUGUAGUUUUUUUAUUGUUGGAUUUCAAAUAAAAAAAUGACCCCACUGGAAAAAAAAAGGUUGUGGGCGUGGCCUCUAAAGCCCAUCUUGCAAUUGUUAUUUUUAAGCAUUCUAUUGGGGAGAAAAUCAUCUUUAUUUGGACAUUUUGGGUUUUUUUUCCCACUGUGAUGUUAAAAAAAGUGAGCAUUGAAAGGAUUAACUCAUGUGUUUUGUUUUUUUUCUCCCCCUCGGAAGUGGUGCGCUGCGACUUGAAUUAAAAAUAAACAUCAGCAGCUA